UUGAGUGCAUGUUAUCAGAUGAUGCAUAAGUAUGCAUAAGUAUGCAGUCUUGAGUAAGAAGGACGUCCCCCACAGGUGGUGGUGACUCGUGAACAGAGGAUGUACCCUGGAGGAGCCACGCCACACUGGAAGGGCCUCACCCCCAUCAGGAAGAUGCAUCAGUGCCCCUACUGUCCUUAUGCCUCUGAUAUUACCACCAAUUUACAGAAACAUAUUACUGUCCAUACAGGCGAAAAACCUUUUGCUUGCCCUCACUGCUCCUACAAGUCUAACUCUAAUGAUCAUCUUAAGCGACAUAUGUUUACUCACACUGGUGAGAAGCCUCACGCCUGCACCCACUGUCCUUACCGCUCUACUCAUAAGAGUCGUGUCAAGACUCACAUGCUCACUCACCACUACAUGUUCUUGUCUUUACCUGAGAACAAUUACGGGCAUCCCCUACAGAUGAUGAGGGCGGAGUGUGGCGGUGGCGGGACUGGAGGGAGAGGAGCUCUAUGCACCAGCAACAACAUCACCGCCACCACCACCACCAAGGCAUUCCAGUGUAUCUACUGUGCUUAUACCACUUGUGUUAAAACCAAUCUCAAAAAUCACAUACGGACUCACACAAGAGAGACACCAUUUGCUUGUUCACUGUGUUCCUACUCGGCAACCACAAAACAAAGCUUGAUGUACCAUGUCCGUACACACACUGGGGAGAAGCCUCAUGCUUGUCCUCAUUGCUCCUACCGAUCCACACAGAAAGGCACAUUGAAAUCUCACAUGUUGACCCAUUUUAAGUGAGGCUGUUUACUUAAGGCAAGUAUGAACAGCUGUGUUCUGGUGAGUACUGGAAACAAGUAACCUGACUCAGUUGGGCAUUGGAAAACGUAUAUAGUUUUGAAUCCAGUAAUAGAAGUAGAAGCACGUUUACAGUACCGUAGUGACUAGACUGCACUCAUGGAGCGGCCAACUCACACUGGGUGAUGCCUUUAUCAAAAUUAUGACCUCGAUCUUUGACCUUUCAAACCCCAAAUGUGUAGUUAUUUUUGGAGCCAUUGUUCUGAAAAUAUUUAACAGGCAUGAACACUGUAGAACGCUCUGUUCUCAAGUUAUACUGCCGAUCAUAAAUUACUUUACAUUGAUACAAGGAGCACUGUCCUCCAAACUCAUGUCACCUAUCAACAUAAGUAAGAAGAGUAGCAGAGCACAUGUACAGUGUUGACAAGAGAAGUAGGAACCCAUGUUUAGUAGUGCGUAAGGAAAUGAUGAUGAGGAAGCCGAUAGAGGAUGGACACAGGAGGCCAGUACAGAAUUAACUCACAGUGGAUCAGUAGAAUAUAAAUACUGUACUGUACAUUAAAUCAGUUGAGUAUGGACUACACUGAGUCAGUUAAGUACGGACUACAAUUGAUUAGUAGAGUAUGAGUGCAACAGUAGAGUAUGAGUGUGCAACAGUAAAGUAUGAGUA